UUAGAUUCUAUAAACUUUUGCACUCGUUAUCAAUUUUAGCAUCAAUUUGAAAUACUCAUUCUUACCUUGCUGUUAUUUGUUUUUUUAAUGCUCAAAUUGGGCAAAAUGUUAAUUCAGUUGUUAUUAACAGCGCUUUGUGGAUUUAUUUCUGAGGGCAGUGUGAAUAAAAUAACCGAAGUGACCUCAAAUGCUUGUUCAGAGCAGAAAAUUUUAGUGACGUCAUCAGUAGUGUGUGAGAGGAUACCUGUGACUAUUACCAAGAAGGACUUCUGUUUGAGUCCAUUCGACUUCUUCCAGUGCACCAAAAAAAGAAUUGAGUACACAGAAGAGUGCAAAACAGUGGAGAGUGAAAGCAAAGUUACAAUUUGGGCUUGUUGCAGCGGCUUCAAUCAAACAGAAGAAGGAACAUGUUCACCGUGCAGUCUUGGAUUGUUUGGCAAAAGUUGCACAGAGCAAUGCCAGUGUAAGAAAGGAUCCAUUUGCCACCCAGAAGAUGGAUCCUGCACCUGCGCCCCUGGUUUCAAGGGGGAGCUGUGUGACGAAUCAUGCGAUGUGUGGUCUUACGGAGAGGACUGUCUAAAUGAAUGCCUAUGUGAACAGAAUUACACUUUGAGAUGUGAUCACGUGGAUGGAAAGUGUAUAUGCAAAGACGGAUUCCAGGGCCCAACUUGCAGUUCCCUGUGCGCUCCUGGAUCCAGUGGUGUCAACUGCAGUGAGUCUUGUCCCUGUCACAAUGAGGGGGAGUGUGUUCCAGAGGUUGCUGGAGGGGGGUGCAGAUGUGCUCCAGGGUGGAUUGGACUUCAUUGCGAAGAACCAUGCCCUAAAAACACCUGGGGAAUCAACUGCGAGUCAGAAUGCGUCGAAUGUUACAACAGUGGACCUUGCAACCCAGUCACUGGAUCCUGCCAAUGCGCCCCUGGAUUUGAAGGCCUCCAGUGUGAGAAAAAGUGCCCCCCUCAUAGGUGGGGUCCAAAUUGUGUUCAGACUUGUGAUUGCGCAUUUAAUGCCGACUGUGACUCCAAAACAGGUGUUUGCAUCUGCAAUCAGUUCCAAUCUGGGCCCAGGUGUGAAAAGAUUUCAUGCCCGGAUGGUGAAAACUUGUUUGGUCACGACUGUUCCCAGAAUUGCAUGUGUGAAAACAAGGCGACAUGUGAUGUGAUUGAUGGAAGUUGUAAUUGUACAGUGGAAGGAUUUACUGGAAAACUAUGCAGCGAGGAAUGCCCGUACGGAACUUUCGGUCUCAACUGUGCUCGGAAGUGCAACUGCAGUGAUGAUGUUACGUUCUUCUGCCACAACAAGGAUGGAUGCCAACCCAGAUAUGGAUUUUUAUCCGACCAAUCCCACCGGCCGACAUUUUCUGCGCUCAUUCUUAUCUUACUUCUAUUGAUUGGAUUUAUCGUACUCACCGCAUUAGUACUACUUGCUUACAUUCGGAAAUACGGACUCGGCUGUGUACGAGAAUCUACGAGUGGGCCCGGUUUGCACUCGAAGAGAAAUGGGUUCGUGAAUCCGGGUUUUGACAAUCACGUGGACAAUCGAGCUCAACCGGAAAGAGAUACAGUAAUGAUCAGUUCAAUAUCUCAGGAUUCGGUGACAUUUGACGUUGGAACAGGAGCUGUGAGCAUAACUGAUCCCAACCAAAACUCAAGUCAAAAUGAAAGAAGACCUCGAAAGCAAAGUUUGGAACACAUUUACGAAGACAUCGAAGACUCGUAUUAUCACAUGAACGAAACCGAAUCUUCUAGAACUUUCGACGAACGUCAGAGAAAAACAAAGACGAGGACUCUUUCGUGCACGACAUCAGCUUCGGAAGACAGAGAUUGGUACAAUAACACGACUUACACGAGUCACUUGUCGGAGAAUAAAUCAAGAGUCGGGGUCAAACUUCGCUCGCAAAGCGUCUCGGCGUACUCUAACAACGACUACAGCGAGCCGACAAACGAAGAACGAUCGGUUAGCAACAUGACGAUUCUCGAGUCUUUGAAACAAAGCAUCUCGGAGAUGACGUCAUCUUCGCGAACAAACACGAGUGAACAAAGUUUGGAAUCCAAUGCAAUAUACGGAAGAAUGAGUCAUGAAAUAGGUCUCGAAAGAGGCUCGGAAGAUAUUUAUACAGAGCCGAAUUACGGAAAUGGUUCCCUAGGACUGUUGGUGAUUGGAAGUGAAGUAUCUCUGGUCGAUUCUGCCGAGCACAAAGAUAGCCUGGUGAUAUGAAACUGUUCAAAACUGUCUUGACUAAUUAGGUUACGAAACCUAGCUGAAUUUACUUAAUUCCUAAUUUGGUCCUAAAUCCAAAAGUUAUUCAUUUGAUGUGUGAAUAAUAAAAUUUUUUGUCGUGA